UUGGCCCGUUGAUGUCACCGCCGGCUCGGCGAUAGGCCCGAUCGCCAUGACAACGGCGGGUAGCACGUUCGGCUGCAUUGGGGCCUGAUUCUGAGGGGGGGAAGGCCUGGGCCCGAGCCCCGAGCUUAAGUUAGAAGUUGCGGCCGUCUGGGAGUGAGAGCCUCCCCCCCCUCACCCCGCCCAGCCUAGCGCCCCGGAACUCCUGCUGGGUCUGAACCUCCACCUCUUCCUUCCUUCACCCCAUACCCGUCUCGGUGGUCCUUGGGCAGGGUGGGUCUGGGGCUGGGCUGGGCUGGGCAGGGCUGAGUUGAGGCCGAGGCCCGGGCUUGUCUCUGGGGCGUCAGUGGGCCCAAUGUGUGUGUGGCAGAUGAGGUGAAGAGACCAAGACCCUGGCCGGCCCAGCCUUGGAGCCUGAGCCCCCCUCCCCGUACCUGCCCUCUCACUCCUUACCCCCCAUCCCCAAACACAGUGGGAGGCGAUGUGGGCGCCGAUGUCCGAGGCCACCUGGGAAGCUGCUGCACUGGACACUUCCCCCGCCGUACCCUGAGGAGUGCAGUCUGCAGUCACAAUGCCAGAAAUGACAGAGAAUCAAUUGCUGCGCAGAACUCACAGGAAGAAAAAUAGAGAAACUCACAAUGCAGUUGAAAGACAUCGAAAGAAGAAGAUUAACUCUGGAAUAAACAAAAUUGGAGAACUUAUUCCGUGCUCUCCUGCUUUGAAACAGAGUAAAAAUAUGAUACUAGAUCAAGCGUAUAAGUACAUUUCAGAGCUGAAGAGGCAGAAUGAUGAAAUUCUUCUGAAUGGAGGAACCAAAGAACAAGCUGAAGAAAUUGUCAGACUGCGUAAACAGCUGGAUGAUCUACAGAAGGAAAAUGACCGUUUUGUGGAACUACUGAAAGCUAAUGACAUCUGCUUGCAUGAUGACCCUACGAUUCACUGGAAGAGGAAAUUCAAGGGCACUAAAACUACUAUGAUGAUUUCUCCCAACCAAGUGCAGGAAGAUAUACUCAUCUACACAAACGGAAACCAACUGAAUGGGAAUUGCCACCAAGCUGCAGUACAGAGUUCACUGGAGCUGACUCUGAAUACCCUGAAGAACACUACUCAAGAAGCAUGUCUUGAUAUAAUGAUGCCAAUGGCAAUACCUGACAUCGGCCAAGUGGUAAACGGGAUCCAGCCUCAGACACGGAUCUCUCAGCAGAACAUGCCCGAAUGCCUCCCUACGACUCAGAAUUCUCUGAACACUGCACUAUGCACCACCACUGUGGGCACGGUCCAGAGUGUGCUGAAUGUCUCUACUAACAGUUCUGGGCCAGUGCUUCUUCAGUGCCCCGUAAGCACCUCUGCACAACUUGUGCUGGAGUGUUCACAAGCCUCGUUUGGGCGGACCACCUCAGGAGUUGCCAGUUGUUGCCCCGUCCUGAACAUUGGUGGAACUUCUGCCAACACCUGUCCUGCUUUACCUUUGCCCCUACAGCAGAUGGGGUCGAUGUGCAUGGGUGUGGAGUCUUCUCACCAAACUGUUCUGGGGUCCACGCCAUCCUGCAUCCAGAGUUCCGAGUUCCGGUCAACGAAGUGGCCGGUUAGUGAGUGCCCACAGGGCGCGAUGGUGCCAAACGUUUGCCAGAAUCCACCUGGGUCGGCCCGUGGCUUGCCACCACCUUUCAAAGCUGGGACAAUGUGUCAGGGUGGUCUGGUGUCGUCCUGUCCCAUCACCAGCUUGUGGACGAUGUCCUGCCCAGCUUCCACCUACACCUGUGCUGCUGACACGAAUAGCCUGGGUGCUUUUACGUGCAUGACCUUCGCAGGUAACACACGGACAACCUGGACCACACUGCAACUGGCAGGCAACACUGUACAGCCUGUCAGCCAGGUGAACUGCAGUGCUUUGCCAACUACGUUAAAUGAAAAUGUGAAUGCCAGAGGCUCCUUCCCUGCUUCCGUUGCCGGGCACGUAGGAGCAGCAUCCUCUGCUCCCUCCACACUUCAUGGCGUGUCCGUCUGUUCUGCCCACAGUCAGCUGAGUUUCCAGACCCCAGUGCAACCUCUCCCACUGCAGCCAGUUCUGGCGCAGCCCCACACUCCCGCCCCAACUGCCCCCAAGGUGGUGUCCCUGCUGCCCCCUUUGCAGGUGAUUCAGAUGGCGCAUCCCCCAGGGGCCAGCGACCCAUCCUCCCCAAACAGCCAGAAGCUGAUUAUCCUGCAGCCGGCCAAUGCCAGCUCGCCGGCCAUGGUGAGGGGGGCCCUUCACAGCCAGAGGCAGGGUCAGCAGAUCGUCAUCAUACAAGCAGCCGGACAGAACCCGGUCUCGGUGGUUCCCCCUCCGGGCAACAGCAGGGCAGCCCCCUCUCUCGACUCUGGUCAGGUGGGGUGUAGCAGUGGCAGUCAGAGCACGCCCAGCAUUCAGACAGUCGGAGGGAAACACCUGGUCCACAUCUUGCCCCGGCCCGUGCCCGCAUCUGCCCCCGCCCCCAGCAGCUCGCAGUCGGCAGCCACCACCACUCCCGGCACCCCGCAGAAGACGAUUUCUGUCAACGGGCAGCUCUUUGCCCUGCAACCGGUGAGGCCAGCUGGGGGCUCCAGCCACACCACCAUGCACGUCAUCCAGCCCACCACCAGCGCUGACCCCCACACCAAUGUGGCCCUGAAUGCUUUUGGAGCACUAACCAGCCUCAGCCAGAGUGUGUCCCAGAUGGCAGGCAGCAGGGCGAUGCCCACAGCCCAGUGCACUGCUUCCACUGGCUCCAGCGGGCAGGUUCCCUGUGCCCCCGUCAGCAGCUUGGCUGCUCCCACUCCUGGCAGGCCCUCCCACGGGGUGCUCCAGCCCUCCAAAUCCAAGAAGACCCCGAAGAAGCUCCUGCCUGCAAAGCAGGGCCUCCCCAGGAAGGGCUGCGCCACUGGGCACAAGCCACGGGACUGCGCCCCCUCUCGCCAGCCCAGCCCAUCCGAGCGGGUAUCCCCAGCCGAAUGCCCCGCCGCACCUCCACCCUCCUUCACGAACCACAUCCCGGCCGGGGCGGCUGCCACUUCUGCCUCGCCGGAACCAGCCCCCUCCAGGCCCCCGGUGCCAAGCGCUAGCGAGGAUGUACCUGAGGGACCGUCAGAGAGCAGCACACCCUUGGCAGCCCCCUCGACUCCGACCUGCCUGGCUACAGAUGGUGCGUGCGCUGUCACAAAUACUGCUCCGUCCCCAUCCCACUGCUCCACCUCGCCCCUACCAGGGGCAGGAGAGGUGGCAGCUGGGGAAUUCCAGGUGGCCACGCCCACCUCUUGUGGCAUCAGCAGCGUUUCCCAGCAGCUGGAGUCGCUGGCAGCGGCGCAGUGCCAAGGGUGCGGAGAUGUGGCCGGGGGCACGGAACGGGGUGGCAUGAGCACUCCUCCAUCUCCUUGCAGACAGCCCCGGGAGGCCGGGCCGUCGGGAGACCAGCUUCCACUGUGCAUGCCGGAACACGAGAGUGCAGGAGCGCCAGCUGGAACCCAGCGCCACACUGACUCGCCCAUGUCCAGCAGCUCGGGCAGCGGCCGAGGCUUUUCUGUUGCCUCCCUGCUGCCAGACAGUGCGCGGGAGGACUGCACCUUCAACGCCUACAGCCUGCCGGACCACAGUGACAUUGUGGCCCUUGCAGCUCGGGCCAUAUUCGAGCAGGAGAGCCCGGAGAAAGGCGCCGCAGCAGAGGAUGCGGUGCUGAAGCCGGAGAAACAGAAGCCCCCGAGUGCAGACAAAGACAAAGGCCGGGAUUCGAGCCUCCAGCCCGAGCAUGACAUCGGAGUGGAAGGGAGAAUGCAGGAAUCUGUGCUUCCAGCCCAGGGCCAAACCACCCACACCUCGUCUGCCCAAGAAACGCCAAGCCUGGCGUGUCCAGCCCUGCCUCCUUCCAACCCAUCAGUGCGAAGCCAGGGCCAUAGCUGCCCACCGCUGGCAGCCGACCCAGCCACCUACCCGGAGCAGGUCGAGCACACGGCGGAGUGCCCCUCCAGAGCCCCUCCGCAGCCUCCUGUUGGCCCGAAGCAGAGCACUGAGGUGCGCAAAGAUGCAACCAAGCGCAACGGACCAGCAGAUCACUUGAUCUCCACGGCCAAACGUCCGAAGCAGUGUCCGAGCGGUGCGGUCCGUCCAGAUGGGAAGCCGGGGCCGGGCGCGCUGGUGGAAUCCCCGUGUGAGCGAGAGCAGCCAUUCCUGGUUCAGCUGCCGGUCAGCUCCUCCAGUGCAUCACACGGCCACAACCUGGGCACCUUGUUCCCCACCGCCAACUUGCUGGGCUCUGGCUCGGUACCCCUGCCAAGGAGCGCCGAGGGUCACUGUGGCGGGACGCCAGCCGGGCAGUUAGCACAGCAGCAUGGGCUGGUGCAGGCCAAUGGGUCGGCGCAAGGCGGGGUGCCGCUGGCCCACGGACAUUCCUACUAUAAACACCCGCAAGGCCAGCUCCGCGAGCGGCACCUGUACCAGUUACAACAGCAGCAGCACCUUCCGCACGCCGAGAGCCUGGCACACGGCGUGCCCCAGGACACCCAACUGCAGAAGAAGCGCGGGCUGGUGAGGACAGGCCAGACGCUGGCCCUGCCUCAGAAGCAGCAAGCGGGGGCCAGCGGGCAGAGCCGCCACAAGGGUUCCCAGCAGCCGCCGCUGCUGCUGCAGCACUGCUUUGGUGGCACACAUCCAGAGAAGCGAUGCGAGAACCCAGUGGGCGGCAGGAACACGCAUCCACAGAGCCUGCACGGCCCGGACCUCCUCCCGCACCAGGACAGCGGCCGCUGUGGUCCCUCUGCUGAGCAGGUGGCCGGACAUCCCCGCGUCCAGAGGCUGCUCACCUCCAGGCCGCUGGAGCAGCAGCUGGGGCCCAAAGGCAGUCCAGCAUCGCGGCCGCCCGACCUUCACCGCCCGGAGCGGAACCGCAUUUCCAGCUACUCGGCUGAGGCCCUGAUCGGGAAGCCAUCCAGCUCCAUGCAAAGCCCCAGGAGCAGCACUGAGCAGCCCGAGCUGCGCACGUACCUUGACCUGUCUGUGAACAAGAGCCUGCCCGUGCACGGGCUCCAGUCCAAGCUCUCCCUCGACCACUGCAUGGCUACCGACGUGGCUGAUUGUCCCCCCUUCAAGGCCAGCGUAUCUGCCCAGUCAGUCGGCACCUUCGAGGCACAGUCAUCCCGGGGCAGCGAGAUGGGUGGUGGCAUGGCGGGACACAGGGGGAUCCCGGCCCACAGCUUCAGGCUGGCCCAGGGGACGGGGGUCGAGCGCCAGGGCCGGCUGCCCUACCUGCCUGUGCAGGGCAUCUCAGCAGCGGGUGGGGCUUCGUUGAGGGAUGGGGAGGGCUCCUGCCACCAGAGUUUCAUGCAGGGCUUACUGCCCCCACCCCUGGGUGAACAGCUGGGCGGCGGACAAAGGUCGGGCCCCGAUCAUGCCAGGAGCACUCAGUGUGCACCGGUUGCCAGCAUCGAGUAUCCGUGCGCGCCGCUCCGGGAAGCAGUGCAGAGCCGGGAUGGCUGCGAUCUGAGCUUGGGCACACUGGGACCCCGGGGCAUCGCGUACCCAAACCCCUCGUCGGUGCCCGAGAUCCAGAGUCGCAACAGCAGCCCAGGUGUGGCACCGCAGAAAGCGACGCUCGGAGCUGGCAACAAGUGCCACACUAGUUCGCAGGUCUCCAAUCCGCAUGGAGGUCUGCGGGCGGCCCUGGGGCAUGGGGCCGAGCGGCCUCACUCUCUCCAAGCCGGUUCCACGGUGUUGCAGAGAGCACGGCACCCGGCGCACGGGGGCUCAGCCGGCAAGCUGCGCCAGAGUGACCGGCCACGCUCAGGUAACCAUCGGACUGCCGAGGUGCUGGAGCGUGGCCUCCAGCUGCCCUUGCCCUCGGGCGGAGGUGUGAUGCUUGCGCGGCAACAGCCCAGCACCAGCCGCAACGCCAGCAUCGUGCGCUUCGUGGCUGACAGUCAGCAGGUUCCGAAUGAGAACUUGGCCCCAGAGCAGCACUCUCUGUCUCAGAGCUUCGGCUUCCCUUUCAUCGCGGAGGGCGGCAUGAACCCGCCUCUCAAUGCCAAUCCACCGUUCAUACCCCCAGUAACACAGCCAGGUGCUAACCGGACCCCCACCCUCAUCCCAGUCGAACCACAGAAUCCGCUGCCUUCAUUCUAUCCUUCCUACUCACCAGCACACCCCACCCUCUCCAACGACCUCUCCAUCCCCUACUUCUCCAACCAAAUCUUCACCAGUCCCAGCACGGAGAAAGCAAGCAACCCGUUUGGUUCCAUCCUUUCCCCGCCCCGGCCGGUUGGCUUUCCACAGCCCAGCUUUCCUCUCCUGCCCGACAUCCCUGCCAGGCCGAUGGCCAACAGCUCCAGCAUCACCCCACACCUGUCCAACUUCAACCUGACCACCCUGUUCCCCGAGAUUGCCACUGCGCCCCUCACUGCCGACACCCCAGCCAUGCCCAUGUCGCCUUUGUUGCCUUUAACCAACCCUGCCCUCUCCGACGUUUCCAAGCAGCACUCCAACAGGUCAGCGCAUAACAUAAGCCACAUCCUAGGCCACGAUGGCAGCUCUGCCGUGUGAAGCCAGCCACUGUGCUCUCUACCCAAUGAGUGGGCUCGGGUCUCCCUCCACAUCCUGCGAGGGGUGCAAAGGAGCCCAACAGUCAGUCCGUUCCAUCAGCAGGUCCUGUCAGGUGUACAGGACGCUUUUUCUCCAGUUCCCUUUGUAGGAGUGUGAGGGAGGGAGAGAGAUGGUAAGGGUGGGGAUGCCAGGCGAGUGUGGUGGACAAGGGGAGAACCACGGGUGCAUCACAGCCAUCCAGCUGUUCCCAUCACUUCCAGAGUACCAAAGUGUUCCCAAUCCUAGUGGCAAGGACAGACCUUUCAAGAAACUGUAGGUACAAUAACCUGUAUUUCCACAGCUGCCGAUAGAUACAGAGUCUUACUACAUAAUAGAAGAUUAAUAAAUGAAUAUAAAUAUACACAGAUGGAAAACAAACUGUUUCAGAAACCAGUGUCUGUUGGGUUUGAUGUUAUCCAUUGCUUUGAGCGUGGAGCUGGGUAGUAGCUUUUUCGCCAAGCAGGUUGGCUCUCUGCUGUUCUUACCCACAGGAAAGUGUACAGGAGCAAGAAGUAAUGUUAACAGGGGUGCUCCCAUGUUUUCAUUAAUGUCUUGAUUCAUUCCCCAAACUGCCAUACAAUCUGUUUCACAAUGGGGUAAAUCUCAUGCCCAUCGGAUCUAAUUUACCCAAAAAAAGUGGGUAAUUUGACACCACCUCUCCACUUACCCCAUAUAUCUAAGGUACAAGGUGACGAAUUAGGCAGAGGUGAGAUAAAGGCGUAUUCUGUGUUUUAUUUCAUGGAUGAGGGUCUGAAUUUGCAUGUGUACAAAUAUUUAAAUAAAAAUUCUAGUUAAUUUCUAUAUAAAUGUAUUUUAGUUUGCCUUAUUGUAAGGUACUUCAGUAUAUUUGUUUUAAUCGGAAGUAGGUUGGCCUCUGCAAGAAUCUUACUGAAAUUUGUCUUGAGCAAUAUUUAAGUUUGAUGGUGCUUGCAGCCACAUUUACCUUUAAAUGGCAGCUUAUAUCAGCGUGACUUACUGGCACUUUAAAGCAAUACAUCUGCUCAGGAGGUCAGGUCACUUGACUCACUCUUCUUGGGCAUUCCUCAUCUUGGAAUUUCUGUGCUAUCUUGUGUACCUCAUUGUCUGAAGCAGAAUGUGCAGUGAACGAGUAUGUUUCCCCUUCACCUCCAUCCUCUUGAUUGUGGGCUUAUAGGAAAGGUUUGGUCCUGGUUUGUAAUACAUGUCAAUGUGUCACUUGACAGGCCAGAGGGUAUGGACGGUGGGCAGAGAAUAAAACUACAUGCUAUUGCUGCUUCAAAUGCUAGAUUGAGGUUGGGGGUUCAAUCUCAGUUUUUUAUGGGUUGUUUCUAACUUGGGAGUGUUGUGAUAAAAGUUCAGAAAAGGAGCUCUUCAUCAACAAUGUGUGCCAAGAAAUUUGCCUAAAGUUGUAAAUAUUAAAGUGGUCUGUGACAGGUAGCUUUUCACUCAGCCAAGUUUACUACUAUUGAACAAUAUAUGUAAAUCAGAGAUAAUUAAAGAACAAAUUUAAUAUACAGAUUCAGUCCCCAUUGGUAUCAGAUACCUCAGGUGACUUUUUCUCUUGGACAAAUUUUACUUGCUUCAAUUAGAUCAUUAGAAAAGGCCUGUUUAGACAUCUAUUAUAUGGGCUAGUUCUGGUGUUUCUCUUUGUUCAACAUUCUAGUUGCUUUGUAUCAACAUAAACACCUUGUUGGGUAAAGUGGAACACGAGCAACUACAGGGGUAGUUUAAUGAUUUUAUUGUGUUUCACUGGCAACUUGGAAUCACUGUUUAAAAAUACAACAAAAUUACAUGCACCUCCUUUAUGGAGCUCAUAAUAGAAUUUAUUCAGAAUGCAACUUCUCAAGUAAGUCUUGAUACUUUCGCCCUGUUGUUUUUCCAAAUAUAUGCAAUGCUGAGCAUUAAAGAAAGAAUUAUCUAUACAAAGACUGACAGGCAAAUUCUACUGCAAUAGCUAUUAUGUCUGGUGGUAGUUUGAGCUAAUGUUAAGUUGGCUCCUUGAAUUAUCUUAAACUGAUAAUAAGCAUAGCCACGAUGUUUUGAAAAUCCGUCCACAUCUGUAAAAUAAAAGUGUUCUAAAAGUUGCAAAAUCAGAUAUUUAAAGGUAACGGAUUUACUGGUAGUCAAAGUCUGAAUAAACUCUUCUCAUCCCUUAUCAUCUUGUGCACUGAUGUAGCUUCCUUGUGCAUCCUUCCUUUGAUGCUAGUUCCUUUCUCUUCAUCAAAUGUAAACUCCCACAUCUCACUCUAGCUUCCAGCCUCUUGACCUGAGCUUUGUCUUGUAGGAAUAACUUUGCUAACAAAAGGUGGAGCAGGAGGAGCCUUUUCUUCUAGCACAUAGAAUCACAUUCUCAGAAACUCAUGCUCCAAGUUGCAUCUCUUGGGAUUUGGGUUGUCCAUGGAACAUUGAGAAUUUGCACUGGUACAAAGGAGUUUAGGGUGAAUCAGUAACUGGCUUUGCAGGCUGGUCGAUCUUCAUUUCCAUAGAGGUCACAAGUGAAGAAAACUGUAGAACAGUUGUUAUUGUGUGAGAAGCCCAUUUCACACCUAUUGCACAAGAAGAGACCGCUUAGCCCAUCAUGGCUGUGCCAGUAUUUUGUAAGAACUCUCGAACUAGAUUCCAUCUAUUUCCUCAUGGUGUGUAAGAGAAAAGAACUGCACAUUCCAACCAACCCCUCACUACUCCCCACUGAAUGUUAAAUCUGUAUUUUCUGACUAUUAAUUCUCACAGUAAAAACAGUUUCUUCCCAUCUCCUGACAAAAGUUCUUAUACAUUUGAUGACUUCAAAUCUGCAACUCCUCUUUAGAGAACUUUGACAUUUUGUCUUUCUGAGGGCUGAUUGUUGCUGCUGAAGACGGUUUUGUGAGUGUGAAUGCCUGCACUUCUACAAUUGAAUGUAUCCCCCACAUUGGUUUUGUUCCUUAUAAAGAUUUAAAUCCUCAUUUUAAUUCCUUGAUCCUUUGCCUGUGACCUUUUGUCCUAUGUCUCUGUUUUGUCAUUUUACCAUUAGUUAUUUUUAGUGGCCUUGUUUCUAAUGCAUCCUCCUGGACAUCUCCCUUUCCUCCCUAAGGGCCAUCUGUUUGCUAGACCUUUCUUCACUUCAAAUACUAUUUCUAGCACUACCUCUCCAAACCCAACACCCGUUGAAACUUUUUUAUAUGUAGGUAUUAAAGUCAGAAUGCUUCCAAUAAUUUAUUCACUGCUAUUGGUCUGUUUGCAGCAGCAAUAAAUUACAUUAGAUGAAGUGUUGCAAAUGAGAACAAAAUAAAGGGCAUAACUAAGCUGCAAUUUUAAGCCUUUCUUCUAUACGCAGAAUUUUAAUGCUAACACCACAUCAGUCAGUUUCAUAGUAAAUUCUGCUAUCAAGAAUUCAGUUUACAUAGGAAACAAAGAAUGGGAGAAUCAGUAACCAGAGUAACUUCCAGUAAAAGUCAGGAAUUUCUCCUGAAUAAUAAAGCGAGUAGGAAAUGCUUACAUGUAAAUCUAAUCUAUAAAAACAUUGAACAAAACGGUUAACAGUGGAAUGACUUAAUUGUUUCCAUUCUGAAUGACCAUAUCAUUUUCACUACAUACAACCUUAUCCAGUUAAAACUAUAUCCUGGGUCUUUUAUAUUAAAACCAGUCCAAAUUCUAAUGCAUCCACCUGAUUUGUACCUAAAGCCCCUGACUUUGAGGGAAUAAUGCAAAUACCCAGAUGUCAUUAAAUAUUAUUCCAUGGAAACUGCCUUGGAUUCGUUUUGUAUGAUUAUUAUAGAAAUCUUAGUGCUGGGGAAUGAAACAUUUUCUACUGUAUUAUCAGUAUCAAGAUCUUUCUAGGUCAGGUACACCACUGUGAAGGUACCUCUAUUCCACAAUGUACUCUAUAACCUACUAAGCUGAUUCUAUUCUUGAUUUUUCUACCUACCCCCCUCAGUUGACCUGUUUUGAGUGUCAUGAUAAUCAAAUGGAAACAGCUUUGCUCCUGCUAAUUACAACUCACUUCAUGAUCCAGAACCCAAAAGGCAAACUAAUCUGUCAUCUGACCAUUCUGGGGUUACUUUUCAGUAGGGAUCCUGGGCAGUGAAAGAUCAGCACUUAGUAUCCUCUAGUUCUAAAUAGCAUUGCUAGCGUGUGGGUUACAGACAGGGGCUUAGUCUAAACAAAAUCGUUUUCUUUGUAAAAAAAAACCUGGUAUGGAUGAAUGAUUCCAUGACACCCAUAGUACACUAUUGCUGAACAAAACUGAAAUGAACUUGGACUAUUCACAUCAUUUAGAUCUUAUGUAUCAUCAGUUCAGAUUCAGAAUUAGGUUUAAUAUCACUGGCAUAUGUGAAAUUUAUUAUUUUGCAGCAGCAGUACAUUGCAAAACAUACUAAUAAAACUGUAAAUUACAAUAGGAUAUAUAUUUAAUCAAGUUCAAAAAGAGUGGAAAAUGGGUAGUGUUCAUGAAAUCAUUGUAGAGGGGAAGAAGCUGAAACGUUGUAUGUGUUGUAGCUCCUCCUUGAUGGUAGCAAUGAGAAGAGGGGAGGUCCUGGGUGAUGGGGUUUUUACUAAUGGAUGCCAUCUUUUUGCAUCACUCUUUGAAGGUGUCCUGGAUUGUGGGGAGGAUAGUAUCCAUGAUGGAGCUGGCUGAGUUUACAACUGCAGCUUUUUCCAAUCCUGUGCAAUGGCCUCUCCAUACCAGAUGGUGAUGCUAUCAGUUAGAAUGCUCCUCAUGGUACAUCUGUAGAAAUACAAGCUCGUGACCUUUGGUGACCUACUGUACCAAGUCUCCUCAAACUCCAAAUGAAAUAUAGCCACUGCCUUGCCUUUGUAAUUGCAGCAAUUUGUUGGGCCCAGGAUAGAUUUUCAGAGAUGUUGACCUGCUCACUUUUCCCACUGCUGAUCCCUCGAUGAGGACUGGUGUGUGUUCCUUUGACUUCCCUUUGCUGAAGUCCACAAUCAGUCUGUUGGUCUUACUGACAUUGAGUGCAAGGUUGUUGUUGAACCGUCACUCAACCAGCUGAUCUAUCUCGCUCUGUAUGUGCCUUCUCAUCACCAUCUGAACUUCUGCCAACAAUAGUUGUGUGGUCAGCAGAUUAAUAGAUUAUGUUUGUAGUGUGUCUAGCUAUGUAGUCAUGGGUGUUGAAAGAGCAGAGCAGUGGGCUAUGCACACAUCCUUGGGGUGCACCAUGGUUGAUUGUUAGCAAGGAGGAGAUAUUAUUUCAGAUCUGUACAGAUUCUGGUCUCCUGGUGAAGAAGUCAAAGAUCCAGUGGCAGAGAGAGAUACAGAGAACCAAGUUUUGGAACAUUGAUUAGAACUGAGGAUAUGAUUGUGUUGAAAAGAGAGCAGCUUGAUGUAGAUAUUGGUAUUGUCCAGGUGAUCCAAGGCCAAGUGGAGAGCCAGUGAGAUGGCAUCCCUGUAUAGGUAAAUCACAGUGGAUCCAGCACCUUGCUUAGGCAAGAGCUUAUUCGAGCUAUAACCAACCUCUCAAAGCACUUUGUCACACAUUAGAUGUGAGUGUCAGUGGGCAAUAGUUGUUGAGGCAACUGGCUCUGCUCUUGUAUGAUAGUCACUCUACCCUUUGAAUGUUACAUUUAUCAGCUAGUACCACUUUUUGUGAAUAGAUACUUAAGCAGUAUCCACAAUACAAAAUGUUUAGUGUCUGUGAGCAACGCUCGACACUAUUUAAUGCAUUGCUGGUUGUGAAGAAGCAACUUUGAAAUUUGCAAAACCAUUUUAUCUGAGUUAAAAUCAAAACCAGCUACUUGCUCCUUUAAGAGUUUCCAUUUUUGACACUGGUGUAAACAUAGAAAGCCUUUGCAGAAGUGAUGCAGAGUUAGAGUGGACACAAACUCAUUAAUAGUAAAAUAAACCUGGUCCUUACAUAUCGGGUUAGAAGAGUUCAACGAGUCUGGCUAGUGUGACUUCAACACUGAAGUAGACUUCUCCUUCAAUGCUCAAAGUUCCUUGAAACAUCAUUUCCUUUUCCAAAGUAACUUGCCCAUGUUAGCAACUGAAGGUGACAGAUUACUCCCUUAUCACCUAAACUAACAUGAUAGAAACAAACUGGUUGAAAGUGAUGGUGUAACUACGGGAAAUAACCCAUCAUCAAAGAUUUGUAUUAGAUUUGAGCUAUGUAGCACUUGCAAAGUAAAGCUACAAAAUGGGUUAAACAUUCAAAAGUAUAUUUUUAGCAGAUGUUUUAUGACGUUUAAUUUUUUUAAAUGAUAAUAAUGCUGUUCAGGCAAAAGAAGGCUUUGAUAAAGCCUGUUGUUAAAGAGCUUUUGACCCCAGUCUUCACCAAACAGAUGCUGCUAACAUCUGCAGCUUUUUUUUUAACGUUUUAAAGUUAGACAAUUUGCUAAUGUUUAAAAAUCCUUCAUUCAGAUAGUGUGAGUUCAAAGAGAAGUUAUCUAAAAUUUCAAGACAUUGAAAGUUUUGUGGGGCUGGUGGGGGGGGGGGGGGGUUGUAAGUUGGACUUUGACACCUGCACAAUUGUACAGUGACACUUUAGGAGAGUGGAUGGUGUACAUAAUGCCUUUGUUAUAUAUUUGUUCUUUAGUGUCUUUAGCACUGAAGAUCUUGCAAUGUAUAACAGUCACCACUCUAACCUCCAUGUCGAUCAGCUUGUGAAUAUAUUUAAAUAUUUCUAAAACAGGUGACAUACUUGAUUCUGUAUGUAUUCAAUUAUGUUAAUUUUAUUGGGAAAUUUUCUAUUUUGUUGUAAAUACUUGUGAAUAAAAAUUUGAAUUUGGUUAUAA